CACCACCAUCUUACACACCGAUCUUCAACAGCAUGCUGUCGCUGGUCUAACCAAACCAUAUUUUCCAGCCCUUUCGAUUAUUCUACGUUUUUCACAUAGUAUUUUUCAAUAGUCUCUUGGAAAUCUCUGUAUAGACAGACAGAACCCUCCAAAGAUAGAACAUACAUUACUGGUUGGUCGAAAGUUUACCGACGGUAAACGCGAAAUAUUGUUCGAAAAGUAUUACAGACGAGGUUAUAAGAAAGCAUGCGGAAGUAUGGAAUAAAGUAUGCAAUUUUUCCGUUCGAGUUUACACUAGAUAUGUCACUAGGCCGGGUAUAGAUGGAAGCAGAGCGUAAUAGUGAAACGGGUCAUCGACGAGCGAGAUACACCGGUAACGAGAGACGGGCUUUCCACGAGAAACAGCCUAGACAUAGGUAAGGUCGCGUGUAAAGCACUUGCUUUAGCUAGACACAUUUCGACGAAGGAAAAUCAUGGAGGGUGCCACGGAUCGAUGCCCGGCUGGGGAAACGGUCCUAGACAGAAACGACGAAAUUCCGCUCGUAGUAUCGCGCACUGUCACCGGAUGAAACGGCUCACUGUAACCUCGUUCAUCUACGCGACAAUCAUCUCGUGCCCUUGUUUAUCCCGUGACACGGGUACGCGGUGCCAUUUUUUCAGUUAUCGGGCAAAGAAGACGGGACACGCGAUAAAUACGAGCACCUGGCGUGAAAGUAUUUCUUUAAACGAUACUUGUGUACGUGAUUCGUUGAAGAGUAUACGCGGGGUUGUAAACGGAGCGAGUUGUGGCCCACGAUGGUGGCUGAGAUGCACGUUCGAUACUACAUAGACGGCAAAAAUGGCAAUACCUGAUCGGUUGUCUACGUUCAACACGCAUUCAAAUGCCUACGAUGGGUAUUACGGAGUAAGAUGUUUUAAAUGGCGGCUAAACGACGCAUGCGCAGUACCGCGCCGAUCCUGCACAACGAUUGGCCGUUACCGUAGCAACUGAUAUAAACUGUCAGUGGCCAUUUUAUCCGGCGUCUGUUGUGCAAGGUAUGAGAGGCUUUAUCGCGAAAUAUGUUGAAAUAACUUCAAAUUAAUUAUUGUAUCAAUCUCUGUUAAACAGGGAUACGUAAUUAUUAAAACGAUCAGUCAUGCUGAAAAUAUUAUCGUUGCACGAUUUCGAUUCUCCUUCUUUUGAGGAGCAAGCAGCCGUUGGGUUUAUAGGAAAUAAUUUGCGCUAUUGUAAUUAUGAACAUCUGCAAGAUGAAUUGCAAACCUUUUUCAAAUAUAUACGACAAUAUCCAGAAGUUUCUAUCGCCCCGGAUAUUCUAGCUACGCGUGAAACGGCACGCACCGUUUGCGCUGAUGAUUUAUUUUUGCCAGUUCAUGAUAGUAUUUUUAAAAAACUUGCUAGCAUUUGGAGGGAGAAAGGCUUAGUUGAAGCUAUCUGUGUCGCUGCAUCCGCAGAACCAGAAGAAGUUACAACAGUCAUACAUUGGAUAGCCACAAGACUUAAAAAGGGGUUAGAUUUAUUGGACAAAGGAUUAUAUCAAAGAGAAAUUUUACCUACUUCUGGAACUGGAUCAGUUGCAGAUGUUGUUCACACGCGGGAUUGGGAAGCAUCUCUUAUCAGGUGUAUUUCCUGGCAUCCUCAUUGUCCACGGUUGGCAGUGGUUACAAGGGAUGACCGUAUACGCAUAUUUUCUCAGGGAAUACCAGUAGUGCCAGUAUUGAGGCACAGUGCUCAAAAAUCAAUUUGCUGCGUAAGCUGGAGACCCCUCGCUGGCAAGGAAUUGGCGGUAGCCUGUCAUGGAGGUGUUUUGGUUUGGACCAUAGAAUUAGGAGCAGCCAGUAACUCUCUUAGCCAUGCAGUGUUUCUGAAACAGCGCAAUCAUGCACCUGUAGUAAAUGUUACAUGGCACCCACAGGGCGAUCUGCUGGUAUCUUGUUCACCCGCAGACACCAGUAUGAUUGUCUGGGAUAUAUCCAGGAAGGAAGGUGUUCCAUUGAAGAGAGUAGGAGGUGGUGGUUUAUGCUUUACACGGUGGUCAUCCUGUGGCUCUCAUUUAUUAUCUGCUACAUGUAGAAAAAUAUUCAGAAUUUGGAAUACCGGAGUCGCAACCCCAUGGCAUGCGGAUAAAUGGACAGUACCUAACGGUCGUGUAGCAGCUGCGUGUUUCGGCCCAAAGUUAACCCUUCUAUUCGCGUCCACCGAAGAUCCUGCUACAGUUUUCUCUCUACCCUUACAAGAUAACAUUUUCGACGUCAAGAAAACAUCCUUUGACGAUGUAAAAAUGGCUGUACCCUUGAUAGACUUAACAAAAGUCAAUUUCUCAUCGGACGACGAUUACGUUACUGUCGGUGGAAGAAUAGUUGCUAUGGAAUGGGAUCCUACAGGAAGAUAUCUUGCUAUACUUUUUCAGGAUAGCCCCUGGAUUGCCUUAAUCAAAACCAAGGUCGGAAAGCUAUCUAGGGUGGUCGAAGUUAAACCAAGUUGCCUUAUUAAAGGAUUUACAGGCGAAGUUCCGAAUUGCAUGAAUUUCUAUCAGAAAUGCGACGACAAAUCCGGUAUAAUUUGUCUAACGAUCGCUUGGAACAGUGGUCGUAUACAACAUUUUCCCAUAAUCGAAGAAGAAAGCACAGUUAACGUGAAAACAAAUUAUUCGUUAACGUCGCAUUCGUUUUCAUUACGGAACGAUUCGUAUAAUUUCAAUUUAACCUCCACGUACUCUUAGCGUUGUUAAUUAACCUUUAAAUCGCAAUCUACAAAGAUUCUAUUUUCCCGUUUUUAUACAUUUGUAUUUAUAAGUGUACAUAAGUAUACAAGUGUUACAAAUAUAUUUCGUUAAAUCGAGUAUGAAAGAGCAAUAAAUCGCAUCUCGAGCGUCA